GGCGACGAACAGAUGUCGACAAGUCGUGACGAGUUUGCUGCCGUCGUCAUCAGCAGCUGUUAUGUGGAUGCUUUGGGUAUGCUUGCCUUAACGGCGAGCUCCUCGACAGCCGACUGAUCGUCCCGCGAACGCCGGGUCCCACAUAUAUAGAAGAGCAGAGGCUUCAAACACCAGAAAGCAGCCAUUUCAUUACACAAUACGCGCACAAUCCUGACUUUCCUCUCACACUACGCAUGUCCUAUCGCUUCGCGCUCCCUGGCCGUCGUACGCUUGCAAACAGCCUGGAACGUGGUGCGUCUGCGCUCGUGCACAACCCAACAGUAGCUCAGUCCAGAAGUCUUUCAAGCCGAAGCUUGACUAGUGCCUUCAAAUUUACGAUUCAUCCACCGACAUCAGCAUCUAGAAACAUCAUGACGGACACAUCCAAGCAAGACCCUCAGACUGACGGAGCGGGCAAGUGGGCGUCGAAAGACGGGCAAUUUCGUCGGCAAACAUCCACUUUCAGGGAUGCCAUCUCCUCCGAUCCAGGCUCGCCUUUCCCUCCCGAAGUAGGACGGUAUCACCUGAUCGUCGCGCUAGCUUGCCCAUGGGCCCAUCGUGCACUCAUCGUGCGCGCACUCAAGGGCAUCGAUCAAGUAAGAGAUCUACUGCCCGUCCACACUGUCGAUUCAUUCUUGGGCCCCGAAGGGUGGACCUUUGAACCUUAUGGGGACGAUGUGACCGGAGGCGUCAAGACUGCUAAAGGAACGGGCAACAAGAUCCCAGGCCACGAGAGCAAGAAGCGGAUCAGGGACUUUUACAAGGCUGCGGAUCCCGAGUAUGCGGCUAGGUGCACUGUUCCUGUCAUUUGGGAUAACAAGAAGGGGACCAUUGUCAACAAUGAGUCUUCCGAAGUCAUCCGGUUUUUGAACCACGCCUUUGAUCAAUUCCUGCCAGAGGACAAGAAGACACUCGACUUCUACCCCGAAAAGCUCAGAUCCGAGAUUGACUCUCUCAACGAAUGGGUGUACGAUACGGUCAACAAUGGCGUCUACAAGAGCGGGUUCGCAACCACCCAGCAGGCGUACGAGUCUAACGUUGUGCCACUCUUCAAGUCUCUAGACAGGCUCGAAAAGCAUCUGCAAGAAGUUCACAAUUCUGGCGCAGAGUUCCUCAUCGGAAGUCAGCUGACAGAGGCUGACAUUCGACUGUUCACGACGAUUGUCCGCUUUGAUCCGGUCUACGUGCAGCACUUCAAGUGCAACCUAGGCACGAUCCGCGCUGAUCACCCCAAUCUGCACAAGUGGCUGCGAAACCUGUACUGGAAGGUGGACUCCAAGGCUUUCAAAGAUACGACAGACUUUGAAAGCAUCAAGAAGCAUUACACCCAGAGCCAUGCCAACAUCAACCCAACUCGAAUCGUGCCUUUGGGACCCGUCCCGGACAUUAAGCCUCUUGAUGCUUAAGAGAGGUGACGUGGUUUCUUCGCUGGAUCUACUCGUCGCAUUGGUGUCCUUCGAACCAUCACAAUCCGCCGGCAUGGGAACGCAAGAUUUGCACCUUUCUGCGUGCUCUGGGCCACCCUCUCCCGAAAUCGUUAGAUGUAUGCACCUGAGUCCUCAUCUCGCCCAACACAGGCUUUUUCAAAACUUCGCUCUUCACCCUAGUGUGUUGCCAGUCUGCGCAUUAAGCAAAUUUUCUCCGUACUUGUCCAGAAACAUCUCAGCCGUACCUGAACCCAACACCGAAGCCCGCAAUGAAGCUAGCUUUCCACUGAA